UUCAGUUUGAGGGUGGUCAAACACUGGAGCGAUUUGCCCAGAGGGUUUGUGGAUUCUCCAUCUGUGGAGACUUUAAAAAACUGACUGGACAUGGUGCUCAGCAGUGUACUCUAGCUGACCCUGCUUGAGCAAGGGGGCUCAUUUAUAGGUGAUCUUAACGGAUCCCUUCCAACCUAAACAGUUUUGUGAUUUUUCUGAAGGGCUUUUUGAGUCUCUCUUCAUCUUUUUCUGCAGAUGAAAAGAUAAUGUUACUGAAGGAGAAAUGGCAAAAGUGUCCUUCAGUUGUACUGCUUCUUAUUUUGUGCCUUAAGAAGAAACAUUUUACAACUUUUCUCUCUGCGGUGUCUUUCACUGUUGAAGGUAACUGCUUUAUUUUUCUCCACAGGUUAGUAACAGUUCCGGAGAGACAUUAGGAGCAGACAGUGACUUGAGUAGCAAUGCUGGUGAUGGUCCAAGUGUGGAAAAUGGUGGCAAUUUGACAGGAUCCAGAGGCACUGUGUCAGACAGUGAAAUUGAGACAAACUCUGCUACAAGCUCUAUCUUUGCGAAGUCUCACAAUCUGAAGCAGAGUGUGAAGGAUAGCAAAGGCAGUGCUCCAGGGAGAGGCCCAGAGGAUGGGAACCAACGUGUCUAUCUCUAUGAAGGACUUUUGGGUAGGGAUAAAGGAUCUGUCUGGGACCAGCUAGAGGAUGCUGCAAUGGAAACCUUCUCUAUGAGCAAAGAGCGUUCAACUUUGUGGGACCAGAUGCAGUUCUGGGAAGAUGCUUUUUUGGAUGCUGUGAUGUUAGAGAGAGAAGGAAUGGGGAUGGACCAGGGACCUCAGGAGAUGAUUGACAGGUAUCUGUCCCUGGGAGAACAUGAUCGAAAGCGUUUGGAGGAUGAUGAGGACCGCUUGUUGGCUACACUGCUGCAUAAUAUGAUUGCUUAUAUGCUUAUGAUAAAGGUGAACAAGAAUGAUAUUAGGAAAAAGGUGCGUCGUCUGAUGGGAAAAUCGCAUAUUGGACUGGUGCACAGCCAGCAAAUAAAUGAUAUUCUAGACAAGCUUGCCAAUCUAAAUGGACGGGAACUCCCUGUGAGACCCAGCGGCAGCCGUCACAUCAAGAAGCAGACUUUUGUAGUACAUGCUGGGACAGACACAACAGGAGACAUAUUCUUCAUGGAGGUAUGUGAUGAUUGCAUUGUGCUGAGAAGCAACAUUGGAACUGUGUAUGAACGUUGGUGGUAUGAGAAACUCAUCAACAUGACUUACUGUCCCAAAACAAAAGUGCUGUGCUUGUGGCGAAGGAAUGGGCAGGAGACACAACUGAACAAGUUCUACACAAAGAAGUGCCGGGAAUUAUACUACUGCGUAAAGGACAGUAUGGAGCGAGCAGCAGCAAGACAGCAAAGCAUUAAACCAGGCCCUGAGUUGGGUGGUGAGUUCCCUGUGCAGGAUAUGAAAACCGGUGAAGGAGGUCUUCUUCAGGUCACACUGGAAGGAAUUAACCUGAAAUUUAUGCACAGUCAGGUUUUCAUAGAGCUGAAUCACAUUAAAAAGUGCAAUACUGUGCGAGGAGUCUUUGUCCUGGAGGAAUUUGUUCCUGAAACUAAAGAAGUGGUGAGCCACAAGUACAAGACGCCAAUGGCUCAUGAGAUCUGCUACUCCGUGCUGUGUCUCUUCUCUUAUGUGGCUGCCAUUCGUGGAAAAGAGGCAGAAAACAAAAGCAAACCACCUCGACCAGUUUCCAGUUGAUCACAAUAUCAGGAAAAACCUACCCUUUGGCACGUUGAUGUGCAGUACUCCCAUUUUUACUGCAGUUCCUGGAGUUCACUUUACUGUCUUCUAUGAGAACUUGAUUAUUUAUGUAUGACCCUGCAAGUCUUUCCCCAUAGAAAAACCUAAGACUUCACUGCUCGGUCUCCUUCUGAAUUCAUCCUUAAUGGAGUUUUUAUAUGAGCUGUUAAUCAGACAGUUUUGAGCAUCAGCAUCCAGCUAUGAGUGACCUACUCUGGCCAUUCCUUGGAAGUCCUUUUUUCUUACGAUGACUAACAGCUUGAGUUCAGUUGGGUUUUUUUGUUUGUUUCUGGUGGUACUUGUUACAGAUUAAUCACUUUACAACUGCAGGCUUCUGCUUUCAGAUUCUCUGGUAUGUGCAUAGUGGAAGCAGUCUCGUCCUGCAUGUUGUUUGAAUGUAGUGGUUUUAUUGUUUUCCUUCUGUGUUGUUCAUUUUUACCCACCAACAUGGAGUUCUUGUCACAUAGUUCUUCAGGCCCUUUUGGUAGAGAUGAACUAUUUAGCUACCAUAGUCUUAAAAUAUCAGGCAACAACUGAAGUUUGGCUGUUAAACCGAUCCAUCUGUGAAGAUGACUGCUUCCUAAGUGGGAAGAAAAGCGGAGAGAGAAACUCUGAAGGCAGUAUAUUGUGAAAAACCCUGACACCUCAUGGAUUGUGUGGAUUUUCAAAUGGGAGUUUAGGUAACAUUUGUAGACAACACAGCAGUAGAGUUAACAGAUGCAUAUAAGCACUACCUAAAGCAGUUAUUCACAGGGAUUAGAAAAUGAGUAAGGAAGUUUAAAACUUGGAAACAUUAUUGGCAGAAGCACGUGGCAGACCCAUAUUUUUUCAGGUCUGUAACUGUACUCUAGAGAAGGUAUUUCUAUAGCAAUCUGCAGAAUAUGUUCAGAAGCCCAAAGGAUUAUGCUGUCUCCAAAUUUUUUAAGCUAUUGCUUUUUUUCAAUCUGUAUCUGUAUAUCAAGGAAUCUUGCAAACACUGUGUUAAUCUAUAAUGAAACUCCUGCAGUUAAAACUAUCCAUCACGUUCCUUAUUUUAAGUAGGCCGAAUAUGAAUGUUUUUUGCAUCCUGUUUUUGUUCUUGAACUGUACUGCUCUUGUCUGGAAAGCUCUUAGGAUGCUGGGAGGAGAGACUGUCUAGAGAAAAUAAUGUUACAUGUAAAAUAUCUGGAAAAAAUGCUCUGAUACAAACUGAUGUAUUGUAUGUUUUGACAUAGAAUUCUGAGUAAAUGUGCCCAGAAAUAACCCUGUUUUGGCUUGGUCAGGGUAUCUACCAUUUUGACUGGAAUACACUAGUAAUGGGUGAGGAAAUGAUGUAAAUAUUAUAGUACCACAUCUAUUUAUAGAAACUGUACAGCUGUGUGAAUGUGAAAAUAAAAUGUCAUUCAACCAGCAA